UUCUCCACAACGAGAUGGUGUCAGGAGUGUACAAGUCCGCGGAGCAGGGUGAGGUGGAAAAUGGUCGAUGCAUUACUAAGCUGGAAAACAUGGGAUUUCGAGUGGGACAAGGAUUGAUAGAAAGGUUUACAAAAGAUACGGCAAGGUUCAAGGAUGAGUUAGACAUCAUGAAGUUCAUAUGCAAAGAUUUUUGGACUACAGUAUUCAAGAAACAAAUUGACAAUCUAAGGACAGACCAUCAGGGCAUCUAUGUACUUCAGGACAACAAAUUUCGACUACUUACUCAGAUGUCUUCAGGAAAACAGUAUUUAGAACAUGCAUCAAAGUAUCUAGCAUUUACAUGUGGCCUAAUCAGAGAUGGCUUGUCAAAUUUGGGGAUAAAACGUAUUGUAACAGCUGAAGUGUCUUCAAUGCCAGCAUGCAAAUUUCAGGUGAUGAUACAGAAGCUAUAGAAGAUACUGAAAUUCAAGGCUUCCACAGUGUAAAGAGAUAAAUUAUUCCUAUAUAAAGUGUUUCAAGUAAUGAUUUAA